AUGGCUCCCGUUCGCUUCGUGUCUGCCGAUGACAAGCGGGACUUUUUGCAGUUCAACGUGGGCUACUCAAAUGACGACAAGUAUUGCCGGAUUAUGGGAUUUGGUCAUCCUGACCUCAUCCGGCUUCUUCUGUAUGAAGGUGUCAGCCUGUUUGUCGACGCCACGUUCAAGAUAACUCCCAGUCCGUUUGAGCAGACAUACAUCUUGAGAUGGGUGCAAAUUCAGUGCAAGAUGAAGUGCACGCCCAAGACAGUUGUCUGCGACUUCGAGCAGGCUCUGCAUGUUGCUGUAAAAGACCAGUUCAGCGACUCCUACUUGAUCGGUUGUCUUUUCCAUUGGAAACAAGCCAUUCGUCGCAAGCUGAUCGUACUACGAAUCCCUGCGGACGACAUCAAGAAGGUCAUGGCCCCUGGGUGUCUGGACGUGCUUACGAUGGUGCCAGAGAAGCAGCUUCGCAACGCUCCCUAA